AUGGAUUCUAUCAAGCAAACCAUGGGUACGACGCCCAACCACACCGAAGAAGAACAGCGCAAGCUGUAUGACAACCUUCCCGCCGAGCAACGCGAUAAGCAGUCAUUCACGGAGUGGGUGAAAGAAGCCUACAACGAGCAAUACGAGAAGUGGAUGCCUUGGCUGGAGGAUCAAUAUCUUAAGUGGUUUGGCAAAGGUGAUAACAAGGCUUCCUACGUGACCAAGGACAACCUCUCCAAGACCAAGGUCACCGGCGUUAAGCAAGUCGAUCAGAUCCAAGACGACGUAAAUAAUCUCGUUGGAAACCAGUUGGGCGAAAACGGUCUGCUGGCUCCGGUUGGUAACAUGGUUUCAAAGGAAGGGUUCAAUCGCGCCGAGCGUGGAGGAAAAGAUGAAAAUGGCUCUUAUGGAGGCCCUCUUGGAGGAGCAACCGAUCCCAUUGUGGAUAACUCCAAGAAGGCUGGCCAGGGACUGGCCACUGGGAUACAGUCGGCUGGGUCCUCUGUUGCUAGUGGAGCCAAGAGUUGGGGGAGCGCGAUCCCAGGAUUUAGCAGCAAGUGA